AUGAAGUCUGUAAAAGUAUCUCAUUAUCUUUACACAGCUUCACUUUUUUUUCUCAUAUUUUUAACUGCCGUUUGCAUUGCUCUCUCGGGUGCCGAUGUCAUCAUUCAAGCAUUAACUGACCGAAGCAGUAGUGGUCAUUUCGUUCCACGCAAUUUAUUAGUCGUCAGUAGUAGUUAUGUUUUAUUGGCAUUAGCUUCGUUAUUGUUCUCUUGUAGUAGGAUGAUAACAGUUCGAAGUUCACUGCAAGAUAUACCCAAGCUAUACAUUCCUAUAAAAAAAGAAGACUUGCCAAAGAAAGUAUUUUCCAAGAUUCAACAGGAAUUUGAACAGGCUAAAGAAACAAGGAGAUUAACUCAGCCAAGAUCCGAAGAUAUACAAGCUGUAGGACGAGCGAGACAGAGCAGUAACAGCCAUAUCAAUAACGGUAUUGUUAUUCCUCCUGGAUAUGAAGGGUUGGAUUUUCGACAGAUUAUAUCACGAACACCUUAUGUAUUAGAGAGCUUUUUCCUAGAUAUAAGCCGACCUCCUUCUGUCACCGUUUCUCAAUUUAUGGAAGAUCUUGUUAGGCAACGAUUGAUAGACGGGCAAAUAGCAGCGACCUAUAUAAAAGGUUAUGAAAAAUCGAGAUUCAGCGAUCAACCGUUAACACCAGAAGAAUACAUGGAGAUCAUGAAGGCUUUAGUCGUCAUUAUAAAGCAAUUGGGUCAAAGUAUAGACAAAGAUGACAAUGGAGUCAGUAAUGAGCUAUCAACUUCAGCAUCACCAACAUCAAACAGCAAUAACAACCAAAGUAUGAACCCCGAUUUAAACAGGCCUACUGUAAACAGAUUGAACACAGCCGCUUCAUCAAUCUUGUCGUCCUUCUCAGGAUUGUCCUUUAAGACUGAUGAUGAUGACGAUGACGAUGAUGAUGAUGAUGCUGUAGGCAGUAGUAUCGCUCCUGAUCGUGAGACUUCCAUGUUGCCAAAGAUGCAGAAGAAAAAUAGAGGUAAAGGCCGUGCAAUAGAAAAGCAGAAGCUAGAGCAUCCCUCUACAGCGACAGCGAUGAUCUCCAAUGUGCCACAACAUCGGAACAGCACUGCUAGUAGUGGCACUCACAUAUCACAUUAUUAUGGCAAAAGGAGGAAUAGCAAGUUUGUAGCAGAUGAUGCUCAGUCAUGGAUGUCACGUUCCACCUACCAUACUUAUACGAGUCACUCAUCAUCUGGAAAGAAUAUCCGUUCUGCUUAUCGUAAAAAGUCCAUACCUUCGCAGAAGAAGGAUAGGCAACGACCUAUGUCGUUUGGAAGUAGUAAUAGUAGUAUGAGUAAUACAAGUGGUAUGGACAGUAUAAACAGUAUGCGGAGCAACGCAGGACGAGUGAGCAAUGCCAACAGUAGCAGAGAACAAAAACACACGGUAGUCAAUCAUGCGGGAAAUAGUGGCACUCAAACAGCGCGCUCUUUACGGACAGCGAAGGCGUUACAUAUGCCAGGUCAAGCCGCAGAAAGUGACUCAAUAUUGAAUUUAACAGAUGAAGAAGGUGGAUAUUCGACAUAUGACGAAGAUGAGGUUAGACAAGAUAUUUACGAGAUGUUGAUGAAGGACAAGUUUACACAGCAUCCGCUUUCAUGA